UUUCGCGGGUAGAGCAAAGCUCAUAAAUGGGCUUCACGGUCCUGCAUCCUCCGGUACUUGCCAGUUAACUACGAUACCUAUCGUCCGCAAGUCGGACUCUUAGUUGAUUUACUCUAAACCAGAGACAACCAGAUCAGAGUGAUUGUUUUACAACCGUGUUGAGUGUACGCGGUUUUGACAUUGGAGACGAAGCACUUCAUCCGCCAGCCGAUCGACCAUGUAAGUCGGACGGGCUGGUAAACGAAGAUGGCGCCAAACCUCUUGGGUAGUACAGCGACGCUGUUCCUCGAGGCGACGCAACAGGAUAUCAGACAAUCUAAAACGCCAGAAUCAGUUCCGUCAACGUCGAAAAGCACAGCGCAAACAGCGCAAACGAGAGACGAGCCCAAGUACAAGUGGAGAAUAGUUUGGCGGAACGUCAUAGCGUUCCUCUACCUUCACAUCGGAGCUCUUUACGGAUUCUACUUAUUUUUUGCCGGUGCAAAGUUUCUGACCCUGAUUUGGACGUUGGUGGUUGCUGCCCUUGGUGCUGUUGGUGUCACGGCCGGUGCUCAUCGUCUCUGGGCGCACAGAGCAUACAAAGCGAAAUGGCCAAUGCGUCUGAUUCUGAUGAUAUUCCAAACGUUGGCAUUCCAGAACCACCUCAGCGAAUGGGUUCGCGAUCACAGGGUCCACCAUAAAUUUACGGACACGGAUGCCGAUCCGCACAAUGCGAAAAGGGGUUUCUUCUUCUCGCACAUGGGAUGGCUGCUGGUCCGUAAGCAUCGGGACGUGAUCGAGAAGGGAGCGACAGUCGACGUGAGCGAUCUUGAAAGCGAUCCAAUAGUCGUCUGGCAAAGAAGGUUGUACGUCAUCCUCAUGCCUGUAUUCUGUUUCCUUAUACCAACCUGGGUACCUUGUCGUUUCUGGGGAGAAACUGGAAUGAACUCUUGGUAUUGCGCCACCGUCUUUCGCUACACUUUGUCACUGAACCUGACUUGGCUUGUCAAUUCGGCAGCCCAUAUUUGGGGCACUAAACCAUACGACGAUUCUAUCAGCCCGACGGACAACGUGCGCAUAGCGCUCGGAGCUUUCGGGGAAGGAUGGCACAACUACCACCACGUAUUCCCGUGGGAUUACAAAGCAGCUGAGCUCGGAAAUUACCGGGCAAAUUUCACGACCGCUUUCAUAGACUUCUUUGCGUGGCUUGGACAGGCCUACGAUUUGAAAACCGUGCCGCUUAACAUGAUUAAGAAAAGGGCAGCCCGUACCGGCGACGGAACGAGGAUCGAUCGAGAUGAACAUUACGGGCACUCGCACGAAGGCGCAAUAUGGGGCUGGGGCGACAUAGACAUGCACACCGAGGACAUUCUUGAUGCUCAGAUAACAAACAAAACCGACUAGAAGAGGCUUCCUGGUUUGAUCGAUGUCUGGGUUGCUUUGAUCUUUGUACAAUCACUGCGUUAUAUUCACGUCUCGCGUUAGUUUCUCAAUAUGAUACGAUACGGUAAUAUACGGUUACGUUCUGGGAAGAACGCUGCGAGAGAUCAGGUACCCGGCUGGGACGUAACAAUAUAUUGCUUAUAAUUGCUAUUCUGAUCUGAGUGUCUGAUACACUCGACGAUGACCGAUCGACUGCAGUCGAUGCAUGAAAUUUAAUUAAAUUUUACACGUACCAAAGAAUCGCGGCAAAACUACGCGAAAUAUAACAUCUUUAUUUAUUUUUUUCUUAUUAUUCAUUAAUGUCAAAACCACUUACAAGGUUUUGUUGUACUUUGACCGCAAAAUUUUAUAUCCAUUAUUCGGAAAUGGAUCGAUUGCGACGCAUGCAUUCAUUGCGUUUGCUUAUGCAUGAUUCGCGUCGUGAACCAAAAUUUGUUAAAGCUGAUCCCAACAAUGAGAUCAAUGUGUGUUAUUAUGGACAGUAUAACGACUGAAGUUGAGAAUAGAUUUAACGUCGAUACGGAGUUUUAGAGAAUAAGUAUUAUUCACAGCUACGCACAACGAUUUGUCAAUUAACAGAGAGAAAAAAAUACAAUCACAAUGCUUAUUUUGAUUGAUUAAUAUUUGUGAAUAAAAACAAUUGUUUGACGUAUGGGCAACAAAUCGUAGAAUCAAAUGUAUUAGACAGGACUGGCGUCUUGUGCAGAGAGAAAAUUAAAAAAUUUGCCUUAUCAAUAUGUGAUGAAAUAUAUAGGUACGAAACUUUUUAUUAUUCGAUAUUUUGAUUGAUAAAAUAAUUGAGUUGAUACGUUUUCUUCCCCUUAUCUUUUUUGCUGCAAAACUGCCUUUGUGGGUGCCUAUAUACAAUGAAAAACGUAAAUGUCUUAAUAUGUGUCGUGUGUAUAAAAAGAAAGAACGAACGAAAGAGAAAAACAUUUUAAUGUUUUUCACGAACCCCUGUAACUACAAUGUAAUUGGUUACAGCUAAAUCAACAGCCUGACAGUAAUUACAUGCUAUAGACCUACUUGAUUCACGUCAUUCAUUUAUGUGAACUUGUCUUAUUGCUAAAAGAACUUGUCGUGACUCACGAGUCUGAGGGAACGCACAAUUACAACAGUAAGUGUACAUUAUUCCGCAUAAAGGAACGUUUAAUAUCUUCUCAAUUUUCCAAUAUCGUGUGGAAAAAAUAUUGCCGUGAUGUACAUAUAAACAUCUAACUUGAAUCUCUCGAAAACCAAACGUUGGAUUUCCGUUCGACUGCUGACAAUUUUUAAGAUUUUGAAUCCAUUUAUACCCAUGGUGUACUAUAGCAAUUAUGCUACAUUUUGUCCGUGCGCUGCACGAGCUUUUUUAGUAUAGUUAAAGAGUAUACAGACGAUAUAGUGGUUAGAUUUUGCCGGUUUAGUAUAAUUAGUAUUGUCUUAUGAUUACUUCUUUUCGGUACAUACAUAUGACCCUCAUACUUGUAUUGGCUUUACAUUAUACAAAAAAAUUAAUUAAAUUUUAAGUAAAUUAUUUUUUAAAUUAAUAAUUGUUACGUAUAUAAUAUGUUUAUACAUGUAUGUAUAUUAUGUAUAGGAAUAAAAUUCAUAUACAUGCCUCAAUAAUUUAGUAGGGGUUAGUAGUUUACAAUACCCAACGACCGAUUAAUCUUGAUUACCGUUGAUGCAUUACUUUAGAGAUGAAACGAGCGAAAUCAUCAAUUAUUGGUAAUUUUUGACGAUCGUUGCUUAUGAAUAUUUUUUAAGGAAGAAUUUCGUCUCGUCAAAAAAUGAAAUGAUUUUCAUCGAAUUUAAAUUCUGUUAUAAGAAUCUCUACGCGAGUAUUUCCACACUUUUUCAAAUAUGGCUUUUUACACUCUGAUGUUUUAUCAUGGAUAAUAAUUGUGCUAACAUUAUACGACCUAAGAGUGUCAAGGUGACAAUAAAAAAAAUUGCUUUUCCUGUUCUGAACUUGUUGCAAGAAACUGUAAGUGAUUACGACAGGUAUAUUUACAGCAUUUACGUUAAUAAACUGCCUAUUUGCUUUCGCAGAAACAUGCCGACAACACACUUAAUGACGCUAACGAUAGCAAUCGAAACAUAUCUGCUGGAUAAAAAAAAAAAAUAAAUUACUUUGUUUUCCUUCUCCGUGUAAUGUUAUCAAUCGUGUAAUUCAACUGUCGAAGGAAUUAUUUACUAACGGCGAUAGCAAUCUUUUAUUAUCGCCUACACCGCUCGAAAUGUUAUGUUCCCUGCUGCGAUGAUUCGGGAAAAAAUAUUCAUUGACAAAAUGUGAUCCAUUCGAGAGCUUCGACAGCCAGAUUCAUUCAACAAAUAUUAUGUUUUUCUUUGUUUUUACAGGAAAAUGUUACAAAAGCUUAGAUGUAAUCUAAUCUUUCGUGCUUGCCAUUAAUCCUUUUUUUUUUUAACAAACACAGAUAUAUCUACAUUUACGAUACAUACGCACGGUUCUGAUAAGACUAUCUGUUUACAAAGAGAUAUAUUUUGUUAAAUCCAUCUCGCUGCAUCAGUUACUUUCUGUUUUUCAAUUGUAUCUGUCAAACUGAGCAGCGGCAAUAAUGAUUUCCUGGUUAAUGGCAAACAAAUUGCUCAUUGUUUUCGGGUCAUUAUGUUUGGGUUUUGCCAUUUCUACCGUAGUUCUUGCCGUUCAAAAUUCAAAUCUCAAUAACGAUCUUCUCUACUGUAGGCGCUAUGGAUCCAUCGUUUCAAGCUAGUCAUUAGAAUAUAUCGAUGAAGUGUCAUUUGCAGAGGGCGAACUGGAAUACGUUCGUUCUCAGGAAAAACGCGGCAAUGCAAGACGGAUUCAGAAAUUGCAACCAAGACACGAUCGGAGAUUGAAAAACUUAAACCAAGAAAGAAUCAAUUGCUAUUCUCAAUAAUUAACUAAUAGAUAAAACCUAGUAUGAAUAAAAAUUAGUGCUGCUACUCAUGGAAUUCUUGGGCAAUAUGGAUUGCCUAAAUUUGCUUACAGAAGACAUGUAUAUCAU